GAAGCGUCCAUUCAGCCAUUACAUUCAGGCAGGUCGGAGCCGCUCAGUGGAGGACAGGUCAUUAGCAACCCGACAAAAUGUUAUCCGUGAGAGUUGCAGCAGCUUUGGUCAGGAGCCUGCCCAGGAGAGCUGGAUUUGUGUCCAAGACGCUCCCGGCCGCCUGCGUGGGGGUCAACCACAUCCACACACAGAGACCAUGGAUGCAGAAGACAGGCACAGCUGAGGUCUCUUCCAUCCUGGAGGAGAAGAUCUUGGGUGCCGACACCUCCGCUGACCUCGAGGAGACGGGCCGCGUGCUGUCCAUCGGCGAUGGUAUCGCCAGAGUGUACGGCCUGAGGAACGUCCAGGCUGAAGAGAUGGUGGAAUUCUCCUCUGGACUCAAAGGCAUGUCUCUGAACUUGGAGCCUGACAACGUUGGUGUCGUGGUGUUUGGUAACGACAAGCUGAUCAAGGAGGGUGACAUUGUGAAGAGAACUGGAGCUAUCGUGGAUGUCCCUGUGGGCGAGGAGCUGCUGGGCCGUGUGGUGGAUGCUCUGGGAAACGCCAUCGAUGGAAAGGGUCCUUUGGGCUCAAAGACCCGCAGGCGUGUUGGUCUGAAGGCUCCGGGUAUCAUCCCCCGUAUCUCAGUGAGGGAGCCCAUGCAGACUGGAAUCAAGGCUGUGGACAGCCUGGUGCCCAUCGGCCGUGGCCAGCGUGAGCUGAUCAUCGGAGACAGGCAGACUGGCAAAACCGCCAUCGCUAUCGACACCAUCAUCAACCAGAAACGCUUCAACGAAGGAACCGACGAGAAGAAGAAGCUGUACUGCAUCUACGUCGCUAUUGGCCAGAAGAGGUCCACCGUGGCUCAGCUGGUGAAGAGGCUGACUGACACCGACGCCAUGAAGUACACCAUCGUUGUGUCCGCCACCGCCUCUGAUGCCGCUCCGCUGCAGUACCUCGCUCCUUACUCUGGCUGCUCCAUGGGAGAAUACUUCAGAGACAACGGCAAACACGCCCUGAUCAUCUAUGACGAUCUGUCCAAGCAGGCUGUUGCCUACCGUCAGAUGUCUCUGCUGCUGCGCCGCCCUCCAGGCCGUGAGGCGUACCCUGGUGACGUCUUCUACCUGCACUCCCGUCUGCUGGAGAGAGCAGCCAAGAUGAACGACAACUUUGGAGGCGGCUCCCUCACCGCGCUGCCCGUCAUCGAGACCCAGGCCGGAGACGUGUCUGCCUACAUCCCUACAAACGUGAUCUCCAUCACAGACGGACAGAUCUUCUUGGGGACUGAGCUGUUCUAAAAGGGUAUCCGUCCAGCCAUCAACGUGGGUCUGUCUGUGUCCAGAGUGGGUUCUGCUGCCCAGACCAGAGCCAUGAAGCAGGUGGCUGGUACCAUGAAGCUGGAGUUGGCUCAGUACCGUGAGGUGGCUGCCUUCGCUCAGUUCGGUUCUGACCUGGACGCCGCCACCCAGCAGCUGCUCAACAGAGGCGUCAGGCUCACUGAGCUGCUGAAGCAGGGACAGUACUCUCCCAUGGCCAUUGAGGAGCAGGUAGCGGUCAUCUACGCCGGCGUCAGAGGACACCUGGACAAGAUGGAGCCCAGCAAGAUCACAAAGUUUGAGAAGGCGUUCCUGCAGCACAUCCUCAGCCAGCAGCAGGACCUGCUCUCUGCAAUCAAGGCUGAUGGAAAGAUCUCAGAGGCAUCAGAUGCUAAACUGAAGCAGAUUGUACUGAACUUCCUGUCCAGUUUUGAGUAAUGAUUGCACUUCUGCUGGUUGUCAGUGAGCUUCUUGUCUGUGUCCUCAUAAUGCGUAUACAUGUGAACACACUGAAGGCCAAAACCUCCAUGUACAGAUUUCUCCAAAUAAAAUUUUCCAGCCCUCCUCUCCCUCCUGCUCUGCUGUGCAGCUCUUCUGGUUCUUGACUGCUGCAGAUUUUAAUUCAGGCAGGCCAGCCAGCAACACAUGACUCUGAACGUUUUGUUUCUGGUGUUCCACAUUCAUAAAACAUGUAAACUGUAAUACGUUCUUAGAAAUAUAUUCAAAUAGACCAGGUGAGAGGGUUUAAAUUAAUUUUGACAGAACCUGUUCUUCACUGGUUUUACUAUGAUUGAGCUGUAACGCCCCCAGUUGGCCUGUGGAUGGAGUAAAGGGGUAAAAAAUGUUUGAUACCAUAGUAAUAAAUGCCGUGACGCUGUCACAAAAUA